AUGCUCUACGAGGAAGGUGUCCUUGGUUGGGCUCGUAUGAUGAUCGAGCAUGAUCCCGACAACAAGGAUGCGGUGGUGCUGAGAGGCGCGUUUAUGGCGAACGGGGAUACAUACCAUGUCACAACACGGACACAUUACCAUAUUCAAAAACGAUCCGACGACGCUGUUCCUUACACCUCCUCAUUCCCAGCAUCCAGUUUAAUCAUCUAUCGGGACUCGGACCUCUACGACCGUGCAGCUACACAGAGACGGAAACGUGGGACCGAGGACGGAUCGACUGGUCAUAAUACCUGUGGAGCAGAUGCAUUGAUGAAGCUGGAGCAUACUCACCCACUGGGAGCCAAGGCUACAAGCGCUGCAUCAGCACUAACAGAUCAUGAGUUUUAUUACCCGCCUAAUUUGGCGACCUCUAUCCCGGAUCCCAGUUCAUCGUGGAUGGAUAUGUUGGCGGGAGGAAGUGGUGGGUUGAGGAAGCGGGCUGUUGCUAUGGGCGUUGCUGGACCCAGCCCUGUCCCUGACGGAUGUCCUACCAACCGCCUUGUCAAUUACAUGGGAGUGGCAGCGGAUUGCACAUAUGUGAGGAGUUUCAAUGGAGCAGUCGGUGCACGGAAGCAGAUCUUUGCCGACUUUAAUACGGCCUCGGCGAUCUACGAAAGUACCUUCAACGUCGCCUUGGGCGUCAUCCAACUCAACAUUGUCGCCGACGGGUGCCCCACCACGCCCGAAAAGGAUGUUGCAUGGAACCGGGAAUGUUCUUCGACUUAUGCGAUCGAUCAACGAUUGAGUGAUUUCUCGGCCUGGAGAGGGCAGGACGCUCGUGUGAAGGAUGGGGCUGGGUUGUGGCAUCUGAUGACGAAAUGUAAUUCGGGGCCGGUGGUCGGUAUUGCCUGGACCAAGGCGCUCUGUCAGGCGAAAUCACAGGAACAGUCGUCCAAGGGGAAGGUGGAAGUGACGGCAGGAGCGGCGGUGUCGUCGAUUACGCCGAAUUCGUGGAUGGUCGUUGCACAUGAGAUUGGGCAUAACUUUGGAGCGAUCCAUGAUUGUACAACAUCGACUUGUACGGGUAUGGGAACUGCGGUUGGGUGCUGUCCAUUGUCGACGACGGUUUGUGAUGCCGGGGCGAAGUACAUUAUGAACCCUGCCGAGUCUGUGGCGACAAAGUUGUUCUCGCCGUGUUCGAUCCAGGCGAUUUGCAGUACCAUCAAGUCCUCCUCGGGACAGUGUCUUAAGCCACCCGGGACCAGGCAGCUUCAAAACUCGGAAUCGAAUAUUUGCGGGAACGGGAUCAAGGAGACUGGGGAGCAGUGUGAUUGUGGGUCGGCUGAGGAUUGUGCAAAGGACCCCUGCUGUGAUGGAGCCACCUGCAAGUACAAAGGAGCCGCGGUUUGUGAUGAUCUGAAUGAUGGGUGUUGUCAGAACUGUCAGUUCAGGGCUGCGGGGCAGGUCUGUCGAAAGGCCAUCUCGGAGUGUGAUCUGCAGGAAGUCUGUACAGGAACCACGGGCGAGUGCCCUGCCGACGAGAGGGUUAAGGACCAGACUCCCUGCAAGGGAACCGGAACCUCCAGCAACAUGACCGGACUCGAGUGCGCCAAUGGACUCUGCACCAGUCGCGAUCUGCAGUGUAAACAACAGGACCGCGCCGGGAUCAAUUCUCAGUGCAAGGCCUCGAGUACCUGUGAGCUCACCUGUAACGACCCCAAGGGCAGCGGCAUGAGCUGUAUGCAAAUCCCAGGCGUCUUCUUUGUCGACGGCACGUCUUGCGGGUUUGGGGGUACUUGCAACAGCGGGAAAUGCGAGUACUCAAACGGAGCCGAUGGCGUCCUUGGCUGGAUCAAGAACCAUCUCACAAUCGCCGUCCCCAUUCUUUCGAUCUUUGGAUUGCUCUUCCUCUGCUGCAUCUGGAGCUGCUGCUGUGGAAGCUGUACGGACCGCAGGAGAUAUCAAGAACAAGGAAAGCCGAACGGAUACCAGUUUUCAAGUUACGGCCCACCGCCCGGUCAGCCGCCUCUUCAACAGGGACAGUAUUACCAGAUGGAGGCUUUGGCGCCCCCUCCGCCUGCGUAUGGUCAGCCGCAGCCAGGACCGUAUGUGGCUAUGCCCCAGCCACAGCAAGCUGCUUAUGGAACCCACCAUUCGAACCUUAGUAGCCAGAAUCCGUUUAGUGAUCACCAUGCUGUUUCGCAGCCCCAGGCUCCUUCCAGACCCCAGAAUUCUGGCGGGUAUAUUUAA